AUGUCGGAUAACAAGACUCACCAGAAGAAGAAAUGGGUCCCUCCAGCAAAUGGAGCUGCAGCGUCGGUUGAUAAUGGUGUUUUCGACAAGAUUAAUGCCAUCUUGAAGGAUGAUUCUACUGAUCAAAUAUCUGAAUUCUUUGCUAAAGGAUUUGGGAACCAAGCUAUCAGUAGUUGGUCAUAUUAUGCACAAGUUAAUGAUCACAAGAAAUUUACAAGCUCAACAAUUACAAUCACAAAACUUUUGAGUUUAUUAAGCGGGAAUCAUGAAUUUCAUGAAAAUGGUGUUCAAAUAAUUAAAGAAAUAUUGACAAGUUAUAUUAAAACUAUUUAUAGAGGUUUGACUAGUAUGAGAGCUUCUUUAACUAAUCCAGUAUUGAGACUUAUAAAUGAAAUUGUUAUUUUUAGGAAUGGUGCAUUGUUAGAUGAUUUUGUUGCAUUGUUUGAUUUCAGUUUACCAGUUUUACCAAAAUUAUUAAAUCCAACAAAGACAGAAUUAUCUGACGUUGAAGUUACAAAGGAAAAAGAAUUCUUAUCUAUAAGAUAUUGUAUGAUAAGGUUGCUACUAAACAUAAUUAAGCAUUCUGCUCCAUUUUUGAGAAAAGAGUUCCUUUCAAAUAAUCAUAAAUUACUAGUGAAUUGGUUCAAAUAUAUCUGUGUGAUUGAUAGUAAUAGUUUGAUAACUCUUACAUUAACUACUUGGGAUGAAAAGAUUAUCAAGGAACAAAGUUUCAAGAAAGCUACAAAGAUAAAGGUUUUCAACGAUUGGAAUAUCACUAAACUUAUACCAAUUUACUAUACAAAGGAUAAAGAAUUGAAAUCAAUGUUUGAUAAAUUUAUUAUUUCCAUUGCUACAGAUACCAAAUAUGGUUUGAAAUUUAAUGAUGAUGAAACAUGGUUUUUGAACAACACUUCAAAUGGUACUAUUUCAGUUAAUGGUAAAAGUUUCAAGACUCAUAAUAAAUUACUAUACUCUUUAAUUACAAGUAUGAAACCAUGGGAUGAUGAUUUGCAACUAAACACAACUGUUGAGAUAUUGAAACAUACACCAGAACUAAUACCACCUUUUGUCAACUAUUUGGCUUCAAGAGGUCUUCAUGACCCAAAAUUAUCAUCAUACUGGUUAGGUCAAACAUUAUUAUUGAGUAAAUUGAUAAACACUGGUAUCCCAACUGAUAUCUCAGAUGAAGCAAAUACAACUGCACCAUCUGUUGAAGUUAUUUCAGAAUUGAUUGUUCCAUCCGUGUUGAAUAGAGCUGUUUUGUCAAGAUGUGUUACAUCAGACUCAUUUAUGAUUAGACAUUUAUCAGCCCAACUUAUUGUUACUUCAUUGCAGAAAUUGGAGAAAUUUUUGAAUCUUUAUCGCUUAAAGGGAUGGAAUGAACAUUCAUCUCAAUUAAUUUCCAAAAUCAAAUUAAGUUUACCAGAAAUUUCAACAAUUGUUACUACAUUCACUGAUACAUACACCAAAAAGAGUGACAACAAGCUGUUGUUAUUGAUCUUUUUAACUAUAAUUAAUGGUUAUAUCAAGACAUUAUCUGAUAAUUAUAACUUAUCUCAACAAAUUUCCAAACCUUAUUCUGAUAUCAUCAAUCAAUCACAACUAACAGGUAUUGAUUUUGUUUUAUUAGAUAAUUUCUUCCAACUCCAAGAAGGUGAAAAUUCACAAGUUAAAUGGUGGAAUAAAACUGAUAAAUCAACUUCUUUAUUCACUUCAUUAUUGAAAAUUGCAUCAUCAAAUGAAUCUUCAACAUCUUCAUUAUCAUCAAAAAUCACCACAUUAUUAAGUAAUCUUGUUAAUCAAACUGUCAUUUUUGAUAAAGAAUCUGCUAAUGCUGAUCAAACUCAACUAUUAGUUGCUUCAUUAAGAGUGGUACAAACUUCAGAUGGGUCAUCAAAUGAUGAAUUGGUGAAAGUUUGGAAGUUAUUAGAUGAAUCCAUUUCCAGAUGUGUUAGAUCACCAUUUAAAUACUUGGACUCUUCAAAUGAAAAUGACCGUGUUAGUCCGUUAGUCAUGACGUUAUUUGAACAAUGGAAAUUUGUUGAUAAAACUACACCUUAUGAUCUUACAUCUAAAUGGUUUUUGAUAUUUUUAAGGUAUAUUAUCAUUGCUGGAGAAUCUUCAAGUGCGAUUUCCAAACUUUUAAGCACCAUUGAAAUAUCUGGUGAUGCAUCAGAAUAUUUACCCUUAUCAGCUCAACCAUCAUUUUCAAAAGAAAAUCCACUUCAUGGAUACGAGGAUUAUUCAUAUUUCACACUUAUUACAUCUGCUUCAACUAAUAAAUUACAAAAUAUUUCCAAAAUUCCUACUUCCCACUUGGAUAUUGUUGCUUCUUUAUUUAGAUUGAAUCAAAUUUUUGCUGAUGAUCAGUUGAACUACAACAAUGGUUUGAAACAAAGUAUCGUGGAAAUUUUAACAAAGAUUGGUAAUUACCUUUUUGGUAAUUCAGAUGAAGUUAUUGAAUUUUCCAAAUCAAAAUACUGGGCUUCAUUAUUCACUGAAAAAUCAUCUAAUGAAAAGAAAUCAUUCAUUUCUAGUACUUUGGCUGAAAUCUUUUCUCAAUUGCCAAAUUUCAAUACUCGUGAUUUCCAAGAUAUAACUUUGAAUCAAUUAACUGAAGGUAAUGAUGAUUCAGUUAUUGCUGCUUCACUUUGGGCUCUGAACAACGAUCAAUUACUUCAAGUCGUGAAGAACGGUUCAGAUUUGGUCAAAUCUGAAGCACUAUCGCUAUUAUUAUCAAGAAGAGCUGCCAUCAAGUCAUCAUUGAUUGCCGGAUUCUUACGUGAUGAUCAUUUAUCUGGAUUUGCCAAUGAUUUUAUUUUGAAAAGUCAAGUUGAGUAUGAUGAUGUUGAGUCAUUAUUGAACGUUAUUUCAUCAAAUACCAGUUUAUUAAAAGUUUUUGGAAGUUUAGCCAAAGAUGGAAAAAUAAUUGACCAACUUUUAGCUUAUAUUCAAAAAGAAUCAAAUGCUGCUAUAAUCUCUAUUGUCUUUUCAUCACUUUCAGAAGAAGUUUUAGCAAGCUUAUCUGAUGAAUCUUUAGUGUCCGAAUUAGUCAAUACUGCUAAAACUUUUGCCAUUGAAAAUAUAAAGAACGAAGACUUCAGCGUGGUUUCAUUUGAUAGCUAUCUUCAAAUAUUGAAUCAUCCAUCUUUACAAUUAUCAUCAGAAGAAAAAGGUAUAGUGAUAGAAUAUUCUUUAACUAAAAACAACCAAAAAUAUACUUCAGAAGUUGCUAAAGCGGUUCAAGCAUUUGGCUCAUUUGAUGAUACUAUUAUCAAAACUUGGGCUAAUAAAGCUUCUUUAUACAUCACUAAAGGUUUUGCAGAGUUGAACGAAUUACCAGACUCUUUCAGUAGCUUUAUUGAAAGUUAUAAAUCAUUAUUAUUAAAAUCAAACUUGAUACAAUCAACGAACAAGUCGAAUUUGAAUACAUUAUUGGAAGUCAUUUUUACAAAAUGGUCAACUGAUGAAUCAGCAUUAGAAUUAUCAGCUAUAGUCACCUCAGUUUCACAUAAAAAUUCACUAGAUACCAACAAAUUAUUACAAAUAAUUGCAUUCAAUGAUGAUAAUGCAUUAUCUAAAAAAUCAUCACAAAGAUCUAGAUUUUUAACUUCAUUGAUAAUCUGGAGAUUAUUUGAAUUCGAUGUCUCUAAAAACUCUACUAUUGCUUUACAAGAAAAAUUCUUAACAUUUUAUAGAGGUACACCAAAUGCUGAUGAUCUUUUAUUAUAUAGAAUUUUGGAAAGAAUUGAAACAAGAUUGAAUUCAUCUUGGAUUGACACAGUUUUCACUUGGGAAGUUCUAGACACAUUAUCUGAAGAAGAAUCUGAAUUAGUUGGUGAAACCAAAUUGUUAGAAAAGAAAAAAGAGGGUUUCAUUAUUACUUUAAGUAAAAGACAAAUCACAAAUACAAUUAAAGAUUAUACUAUAUCACAUGCUGAAAUUCCUUCAUUAAGUUCAAGUGGGUCUUCAAACUGGGAGAAGUUGAAUUCAUUUUAUGAAUCUGUUAGCUCAUCAUCUUCAUCAUCAAAGACAUAUGAUCCAUUAUUUUUAUCACUUUUAAUAAUAAAUGAUGAUGAAUUGAUAAAUGUGAAUACAGAAGAACCUGAUGCAUUACCAAAAGUUGACAUGAGAACACUUAUAGAAUCAGAUUUGUUCCCAUUUUUAUUAAUGAAUUUAUCAUCUGAAAAUGAAGUUUUAGUUAAUGUUACAAUUGGUAUUUUAACCACCAUAUUAAGUUCAUUGAAAGAAAAUUCAACUUUCAAAGAUAAACAUAUUUUUGAAUUAUUUUUAUCAAAGAUCUUAUUCACUUUCAAGAAAGUUGAUGAAGAAAGUGGUGAAAAGGUUACAACAAAGGCAUUUUCACCAUUAGUUUUCUCAAUGAUUUCUAAAAUUUCCACAUUGUUAGUAAAUCCAGGUCAUAUGUUAUAUGAAAAGGCAUUCAGAUGGGUUUUAAAAUCACCAACUUUAAGAAAAAAUGAGAUUCCAUUAUUUAAUGAUAUAACUGUUGUCUCAGCUACAAAUGAUGAUUCUAAUAAUUAUUAUAAACAAGUUAGUUGGUUAUUAGAAGGUAUUAACAAUGGUAUUAAGAAUAAAGAUGAUACAAGAUUAUUAAGAUCUAAGAAUAUAUAUGAAUGGUUUUUAAAUUUAGAAACUUCACCAUAUACAUCAGUUCAAUUAAAAUUUUUGAUUAAUGAUUUUAUUAAACAAGUUCAAAACAUUGAAGAUGGUGCAGAUAUUUUAAUUUCUCGUUAUGGUGGAUUAUCAUUUUUAGAACAACAAAUUUCUGAAAAAAGCGUCGAUGGUAAGAUAUUAACCAGUGCACAAGGUAAAUUAACCAAUGAACAAGAAUUAUUAAAUUUAAAAGAAUUGGGUGUUAGAUAUUCCAUUAUUGGUCAAGGUAAAAAAAGAAUCGCAGACUGGGCUAAUGGUGACUUAUCGAAUUUCAACAAGAGACUUCAUACUGAAGAAUGA